AUGUCUCUCGCCACGGAUGCAGACGCCCUCUCCAGCUUGCCCGUCGACCUCCUCACCGACUCGCUCCUCCCCGCCUUUCCAGCCCACGACCUCGUCUCCCUUGCGCGCACCUGCCGACGCUGGCUCGCGUUCAUCACCUCCGAAGGCGGACCAUGCGAGAUCCUCUGGCAGCGCAAGGCCGUGAAGGAGAUGCACUUCCCGGCAGUCACGAGCGGGCGCAGGUCGGGCUGGUACAGGCUCUACGCGAGGUUAGCCUCCUCGUCGGCUUACCUGUGGGGCCAAACGAGCAACGGACGACUAGGACUGCCGACGCAGCAAUGGGAAAUCGCGCGCAUCUCGUCCCUCCGCACCCGUAUCGUCCGCGACGCCCUCACCCUCCCAACACGCAUCGCUCUCCCCUCUCCACCCGUCUCGCUCGCGGCAGGAGGAUGGUCCUUCCACGCUCUGACGGCGGACGGACAGGUGGUCAGUUGGGGACAGAUGUCGGGCUUGGGGAUCCAGUCGGAGGAUGCGCGGCUUAGUGCGCCGAGUAGGGUGCUUAAACCGACUGUGCUGCCGCACAUGAGGCACGUUGGACCGGUCAAGCAGAUCGAGGCGGGGAGGGGACAUGUCGUGAUGCUUGCGGAGGACGGAAAGGUUUGGGAGAUGUGGACGUUUGGGAGGGUCUUUGAGGUGCGCGACGAGGCGGGUCGGUGGGGUACGGUCAGCGAGGCAGGAGACGUCGGACGGCAGGUAGCACAAGUAGAAGCAGGAUGGGACCACUCGGCCGUCCUCACAGACACCGGCGACGUCUUCAUCUGGUGGCAGCCAGCUCCUGAUGUCCUGUCGCAAGCCGCCGCAGAAGCAGGCGAAGGGUCGCUCCAGUCGCCCGCGACCGAAGGAGUCGCCUUUCCCCUCUCGCUCGACACGCUCAAAGCGCCACCUCUGCCGUCCACAGCGCGCUCGACGAGCGAGAAGCUCACGCUUAUCGCUUGCGGCGAAGACUUCGUCAUUGGCUUGUCCAACCUCUCGAACGUCUACUUUCUCGACAUCUCGCCCGUCCCGCCGCCUCGCAACCCGAAUCCCGCCAAUGACGAAGCCGACGAUGCACAAGCAGGCCGAGCUCGUCUCGAACAAGCCUUUCUCCGGGGCGACAGGAGCUGGCGGUUGAUGCGCAGGUUCUGCGACGUCGACGAGCUGUCGAAGCUGGAGGGGUUUGGGACGAACGGUGUUGCACCUGGGACGCACAUCACGCAUGUCUCGGCGCACUUCCGCUCGUUCGCUGCCUACUCGGUCCCGUCGUCCGCAAGCCCAGAAGGCUCGAUCGUCCUCCUCGGCACGAAAGACUGGACAGAAGCAACCGAACCCGAAGUGAUUCCGGAAUUGCAGAACAUCGGCGUCAUCAAGGUCGCGCAUGGCGAUUACCACCACUUGGCGCUGACAUCGAACGGACGCCUCUUCUCGUGGGGAGCGUACUCGGCGGGCGCUCUCGGUCUCGGACACCCGCAGCUGGCCCACACGCCACUCUCGCUGCCUCCCACCGGACCUGAGACGCCCGACCCUCAACCCGACGUCGAAGACCGUCUCCGCCCUCACCCCAUGCCGCGCAUCAUCCGAGACGACCAGUUUAACCGAACGCGAGGCGGGUUCCAUGGGAUCCGCGUACCCACGCCCGCUGCUCGACCUGCUCAGCCACCCGAGCGCAUCGAGAAGCCCACUCGGAUCCGUUUCGCUGGCGAGGAGCAAGAGGGGGACGAUGACUCGAACCAGCCUCGUUCGAGCGGCAAGUUUGUCUAUGCCGUCACUGCGUCAGGCUGGCACAGCGGUUGUCUCGCCGUCGAGCUAGCAACGACAUCGGCUAGUGCAGAAGGCGACUCUGAGCCCGUCAUCCGCCCGUCCAGCGCGGAAGCGGACCAGCUCGCACAGCUUCAGCAGCAGGCGGAGGAGGAACAGCUCAAUGGCUCGCGGAGCUGGUUUGGCAGGCUUGGAGGCGGGUUUCGGGGUGAUGGGGUGUUCAGGGUUGGAUUUGCGGGACGAGGAGCGAUGAGGGGAGGUGCGGCUGGGAGGGGCGGCGGGGGCGGUCAGGCGUGA